CUAGUGUUACCUAUAAUUACGGGCCCAAAAAGCUCAUUCCCCCGAGAGACUUCUAACUGUAAACGUGCAGAAAUAUUAAGUAAUACAAUCCGACGAAUUCAAUCCAGCAAGCAUGGCUAAAUUGACAUUUCCUUUCUUGGGAAUUUUCCUGCUAAUUACAAUUGCUACUGCCACCAUCAUAAUUGAACCCAUUCCAGACAAAAAUAUGACCAGACGUUCAGUCGUGAUAGAUUCCAUAAAAAAAUUAGGGGGCGGUGCUUUGGACGUCGUUGACGGUACAUUCGAUUUCCUCGGCAGACUUUUCGGCGUGAGCCGUAAGCCCCCAGUGCCUGUAGCGGUGAAAAAAAUGGAUGAACUCAGAGAGGCUAUUUUGUACCACGAUGACGACGAGGUGACAGACCUUCUGCUGAGGAAAAACUUCCUCAACCGCGAGAUCGUUGCGGCUCGUUACUACCAGAAAUUCUGGAGCGACAUAAAAAGCGACAUUAAGGCGAGUUUCAGCGGACCGUAUCGCGAUCUUUUGGUAGCUUUCGUCGAGGACAAGUACGAGUUCUUUGCCCAGGAACUAUACGACGGAAUUUUUGGAUUAUCUGGCGGAAACGUCUACGCUGGUCUGGACGUCCUUUGCAACCCUAGCGCUGAACAAAUCGCCCAAAUUAAUAGAGCUUAUAGAUCAAAAUUCGGACGUGAACUUACAAGCGAUUUGGUCUACAUACCUGACCCGAACAUAAGAGCUUCAAUAAUGCGAUUCGCUCAAGGUCAAAAAAUUAUUCAGUACAAUUAUAAUCCCGCGAUGGUCGAAAUGUCUGGAUACGACAGAAAUGACGCCUAUUCCAAUGAACUUAUUUGCACCAGAAACGGUCCUAAAUUUUUCGCCGAUCGUCUCGACGCAUCUCUGAAACACGGCGACCACCGCGGCCUCACUCGUUUGAUGAUAGCACUCAUUAAUCACAAUGGCUACGAAGCAGUAAUGAAUCAUUAUCAAAGCAUAUAUAAACAAUCACUAUUGGAUACAAUAAACUUACACACAACCGGUGCCUACAACUAUGCUCUUUUGGUAAUGAUUGACACGGCAGUCAAUUACAAAUUUGUCUAAACAGACGGCAUACCUUCUAUCAUAGUACGUAACUC